AUGACGACGACGGUGACGAGCAACAAAGAGAUGGUGGUGGCGGCGGCGGCGAGCGGCGGCGGGAGGAGAUGUGUGGAGGACGACGCGUGCAGGAUCUGCGGAUGGCGAUCACACAACGAGAGCUUCUGCGUCUUCAACUACAUGGACGGCUAUUUCUCAUCUCGUAGCUGCAGGGAGCAGUGCAAGCCGGGGUGGCACCGGCACGCCGCCGCCGCCGCCGACGACUUCGACGCCGACGAGUGGCGGCGUUGCUUCGUCCGCGUCACCAACGUGGCGGCGGGCGUCGAGGGGCAUAGCCUCCGGUGGCUCUUCCAGCGGUUCGGGCCCGUACGCGCGUGCUCCCUGUCCAGGGAAGGCCAGCCCGCCGGCGACGGCGACGGCGGCGGGCUGGCGUUUGUGACGUUCUACAGCGGCGGCGACGCGGAGGCGGCGGUGGAAGGGCUGAAUGGCCAUCUCGCCGGCGACCGUAGGCUGCGAGUCGACUUGGCGUACCCUCGCGUCGUGGUGCUCAGUCAUCAUGCAUGA